AUGAGAGUAUCGAAAGGAAGAGGUCAGAAAUCAUAUAAAGGUUAUAUAGCCGUUUUUAUUUGUAUGGCUACGAAAGCAAUCCAUUUAGAAGCUGUAAGUGACCUGUCAACAGACGCGUUUCUGGCUGCCCUUAGAAGAUUUUUCGGUAGAAGAGGCAAAAGUUCGCAUUUAUAUUCAGAUAAUGGUACAAAUUUUGUCGGUGCUGCUAAGAAAAUAGAUGAUGAAUAUGAAAAAGCUAUUAGAAAACUUUCAUCACUUGCUGGAACGAUGGCAGCGGAAAAAAUUACAUGGCAUUUUAUUCCCCCGGGAGGUCCUCACUUUGGAGGAAUCUGGGAGGCUGCAGUCAAGUCGAUGAAACAUCAUUUAAGACGAGUCAUUGGUGAAGUGAAAUUAACUUAUGAAGAAAUGUCGACACUGUUAAUUCAAGUGGAAGCAGUGUUAAAUUCUAGACCGUUAUGUGAAGUACGAGAUGAUACAGAGAAUACUGAUGUUUUAACUCCCUGCCAUUUCCUAGUUGGAAGACCUUUAAUUGAUAUUCCAGAGGAAAAACUGUCAGACAAGCGACCGUCGCAAUUGCUUUGUGACAUGCGCAAUCUAGCUAGUACCAACAUCUCUGAAGGUGCACUUACAACUCUUUGGUCACAACGCUUGCUUAGCAACAUUAGAUGCAUUAUGUCCGAAUCAGCUGACCGCAUCAUGGACAACCUACCAACUCCAUAA